CAGAGCCCGUAGGAGGAGGGGGGAGCCGCUCAUUCAUUUUUCCUCCGCAUUUCUGCCCCUCGCCGGCCUCGCCCGCGACCUAGACUUCGGGGCGAUCUUGCCAACUGCGUCGCGCGCUCCCGCCGCGGAGGCUUGGGCUCCCGGCCGCGCUCCCCCUGCGCCUGGGGGCCGGGUGUGUUUGUGCUCGGCGCGACGGAUUUGGGCUUUGCCCCCUUUGCAGUUUCCUCCUCGCUCCUGUUUCUCCGGGUUUGAAAAUGGAGGCCGACGACGCCGACAGCCCGCCCCGGCGCGCCCCGGGUUCCCGACUCCGCCGAGCCCUGGGCCGUGGCUGCCGGCGCUGAGUGGCCGCCCCGCGCCUCCCCGUGCGCGCUGCCCACCGGGUCGGGUGGCGCCGCCUUCGGAGUAUUGUUUCCUUCGCUCUUGAUCUUGAAGGGGAGCGAAGACCUGAGUUGGAGACUUUUUUUUUCUUUUUCUUUUCCUUUUUUUUUUUUUUUUUUUUUUGUGUGUGUUUUUUGAAAAAGAGGAAUUUCGUCCCAAAUCAAAGGAAUGAAGUCUGGCUCCGGAGGAGGGUCCCCGACCUCGCUGUGGGGGCUCCUGUUUCUCUCUGCUGCGCUCUCGCUCUGGCCGACGAGUGGAGAAAUCUGUGGGCCGGGCAUCGACAUCCGCAAUGACUAUCAGCAGCUAAAACGCCUGGAGAACUGCACGGUGAUCGAGGGCUACCUCCACAUCCUGCUCAUCUCCAAGGCCGAGGACUACCGCAGCUACCGCUUCCCCAAGCUCACCGUCAUCACCGAGUACUUGCUGCUGUUCCGGGUCGCUGGCCUCGAGAGCCUCGGAGACCUCUUCCCGAACCUCACCGUCAUCCGCGGCUGGAAACUCUUCUAUAACUACGCCCUGGUCAUCUUCGAGAUGACCAACCUGAAGGAUAUUGGGCUUUACAACCUGAGGAACAUUACUCGGGGGGCCAUCAGGAUUGAGAAGAAUGCUGACCUGUGCUACCUCUCCACAGUGGACUGGUCGCUGAUCCUGGAUGCGGUGUCCAAUAACUACAUUGUGGGGAACAAGUCCCCAAAGGAAUGUGGAGACCUGUGUCCAGGGACCAUGGAGGAGAAACCAUUGUGCGAGAAGACCACCAUCAACAAUGAGUACAACUACCGCUGCUGGACCACAAAUCGCUGCCAGAAAAUGUGCCCAAGUGCCUGCGGGAAGCGUGCGUGCACCGAGUACCAGGAGUGCUGCCAUCCUGAGUGCCUGGGCAGCUGCCAUGCACCCGACGACGACACGGCCUGUGUGGCCUGCAGACACUUCUACUAUGCUGGCAUCUGCGUGCCCGCCUGUCCACCCGGCACCUACCGCUUCGAGGGCUGGCGCUGUGUGCACCGAGACUUCUGCGCCAACAUCCCCAAUGCUGAGAGCAGUGACUCCGAGGGCUUCGUCAUCCAUGACGGGGAGUGCAUGCAGGAGUGUCCCUCGGGCUUCAUCCGCAACGGCAGCCAGAGCAUGUACUGCAUCCCUUGUGAAGGUCCUUGCCCCAAGGUCUGCGAGGAAGAAAAGAAGACGAAAACCAUUGACUCUGUGACUUCUGCUCAGAUGCUCCAAGGGUGCACCAUCUUCAAGGGCAACCUGCUCAUUAAUAUCCGACGGGGCAAUAACAUUGCGUCGGAACUGGAGAACUUCAUGGGGCUCAUUGAGGUGGUGACUGGCUACGUGAAGAUCCGCCAUUCCCAUGCCUUGGUCUCCUUGUCCUUCCUGAAAAACCUUCGCCUGAUCCUGGGGGAGGAGCAGCUGGAAGGGAACUACUCCUUCUACGUCCUGGACAACCAGAACCUGCAGCAGCUGUGGGAUUGGGACCACCGCAACCUCACCAUCAAAUCUGGGAAGAUGUACUUUGCUUUCAAUCCCAAACUGUGUGUCUCUGAAAUUUACCGCAUGGAAGAAGUGACGGGGACGAAAGGGCGCCAGAGCAAAGGGGACAUAAACACCAGGAACAACGGGGAACGAGCCUCCUGUGAAAGUGACGUAUUGCGUUUCACCUCCACCACCACAUCGAAGAACCGCAUUAUCAUCACCUGGCACCGGUACCGGCCCCCAGACUACAGGGAUCUCAUCAGCUUCACUGUUUACUACAAGGAGGCACCGUUUAAAAAUGUCACCGAGUAUGAUGGGCAGGAUGCUUGUGGCUCCAACAGUUGGAACAUGGUGGACGUGGACCUGCCUCCUAACAAGGACGCGGAGCCUGGCAUCCUACUGCAUGGGCUGAAGCCCUGGACACAGUACGCGGUCUAUGUCAAGGCCGUGACCCUCACCAUGGUAGAGAACGACCACAUCCGUGGGGCCAAGAGUGAAAUCUUGUACAUUCGCACCAAUGCUUCAGUUCCUUCCAUUCCCCUGGAUGUCCUUUCGGCAUCCAACUCCUCUUCUCAGCUCAUCGUCAAGUGGAACCCCCCAUCUCUGCCCAACGGAAACCUGAGUUAUUAUAUCGUGCGGUGGCAGCGGCAGCCUCAGGACAGCUACCUAUACCGGCACAAUUACUGCUCCAAAGACAAAAUCCCCAUCAGAAAGUAUGCGGAUGGCACCAUCGAUGUCGAAGAGGUCACCGAGAACCCCAAGACUGAAGUAUGUGGUGGCGAGAAAGGGCCUUGCUGCGCUUGCCCCAAAACCGAAGCCGAGAAGCAGGCCGAGAAGGAGGAGGCCGAGUACCGGAAAGUGUUUGAGAAUUUCCUGCACAACUCCAUCUUCGUGCCGAGGCCUGAAAGGAGGCGGCGAGAUGUUGCGCAGAUGGCCAACACCACCAUGUCCAGCCGCAGCAGGAACACCACGGUGGCUGAUACCUACAAUGCCACAGAUCCAGAGGAGCUAGAGACCGAAUACCCUUUCUUUGAGAGCAGAGUGGAUAACAAGGAAAGAACUGUAAUUUCAAACCUCCGGCCUUUUACCUUGUACCGCAUUGACAUCCACAGCUGUAACCAUGAGGCUGAGAAGCUGGGCUGCAGCGCUUCUAACUUUGUUUUUGCAAGAACCAUGCCCGCAGAAGGAGCAGAUGACAUUCCUGGCCCGGUGACGUGGGAAGCAAGGCCUGAAAACUCCAUCUUUUUAAAGUGGCCAGAGCCUGAGAAUCCUAAUGGAUUGAUUCUAAUGUACGAAAUAAAAUACGGAUCACAAGUUGAGGAUCAGCGAGAAUGUGUGUCCAGACAGGAAUACAGGAAAUACGGAGGGGCCAAGCUUAGCCGGCUAAACCCAGGGAACUAUACAGCCCGGAUUCAAGCUACCUCGCUCUCUGGGAAUGGGUCGUGGACAGAUCCUGUGUUUUUCUAUGUCCCAGCCAAAACAACGUAUGAAAACUUCAUCCAUCUGAUCAUCGCUCUGCCAGUCGCCAUCCUGUUGAUUGUGGCAGGCUUGGCGAUAAUGCUGUACGUCUUCCAUAGGAAGAGAAACAGCAGCAGGCUGGGGAAUGGAGUGUUGUACGCCUCUGUGAACCCGGAGUACUUCAGUGCUGCGGAUGUGUACGUUCCUGAUGAGUGGGAGGUAGCGCGAGAGAAGAUCACCAUGAGCCGGGAGCUGGGGCAAGGCUCCUUUGGGAUGGUCUACGAAGGAGUGGCUAAAGGUGUGGUGAAAGACGAGCCUGAGACCCGGGUAGCCAUCAAGACAGUGAACGAGGCCGCAAGCAUGCGUGAAAGGAUCGAGUUUCUCAAUGAGGCCUCUGUGAUGAAGGAGUUCAACUGUCAUCAUGUGGUGCGACUGCUAGGCGUGGUGUCCCAGGGCCAGCCCACACUGGUCAUCAUGGAGCUGAUGACGCGGGGGGAUCUCAAGAGCUAUCUCAGGUCUUUGAGGCCGGAAGUAGAGAAUAGCCCCAUCCUGGCACCUCCAAGCCUCAGCAAGAUGAUCCAGAUGGCCGGAGAGAUUGCAGAUGGCAUGGCAUACCUCAACGCCAACAAGUUUGUCCACAGAGACCUUGCUGCCCGCAAUUGCAUGGUAGCUGAAGAUUUCACAGUCAAAAUUGGAGAUUUUGGGAUGACGCGAGAUAUUUACGAGACAGACUACUACCGGAAAGGAGGGAAAGGGCUGCUGCCUGUGCGCUGGAUGUCUCCUGAGUCCCUCAAGGAUGGAGUCUUCACCACUCAUUCGGACGUCUGGUCCUUCGGGGUCGUCCUCUGGGAGAUCGCCACGCUGGCUGAGCAGCCAUACCAGGGCUUGUCCAACGAGCAAGUCCUUCGCUUCGUCAUGGAGGGUGGCCUCCUGGACAAACCCGACAACUGCCCAGACAUGCUGUUUGAGCUGAUGCGCAUGUGCUGGCAGUACAACCCCAAGAUGAGGCCUUCCUUCCUGGAGAUCAUCAGCAGCGUCAAAGACGAGCUGGAGGCCGGCUUCCGGGAGGUCUCCUUCUACUACAGCGAGGAGAACAAGCCGCCCGAGCCGGAGGAGCUGGACCUGGAGCCCGAGAACAUGGAGAGCGUCCCGCUGGACCCAUCAGCCUCCUCGUCCUCCCUGCCGCCGCCCGACAGACACUCAGGACACAAGGGCGAGAACGGCCCGGGCCCCGGCGUGCUGGUGCUCCGCGCCAGCUUCGACGAGAGACAGCCUUACGCGCACAUGAACGGAGGCCGCACGAACGAGAGGGCCUUGCCGCUGCCCCAGUCGUCAACCUGCUGAUCCCGGACCCGCGUCGCAUCGCGUGCAAGCAGUAACGUGUAUGCACACUCAGCGGCGGGCGGGGGGAGAGGAGAGUUUUACCAGUCAGUCCACGAGCCUCCUGGACCUCAGUGGGUCUUCAGAGCUGCCCUGCUGCCCACGGAGACCGCUUCUCUGCAGUAGCCACCUUGGGAUGUUCCUUUUCUCAAUAUGCAAGCAGCUUUCAUUCCCCUGCCCAAGCCCUUAACUGACACGGGCCACUGAGAACCUUAAUGACAACACCUAAUAGCAACAGAACACUCGAGAAUUGAGUCUUCUCAUACUCUUUCCCUCUCUGUCGCUCUCCGUCUCUCUCUGACUCUCCUUUUUCCUCCUUUUUUCCGCUUCAUAAUGGAAAUAUGUGCUGCAAGCCCCGCUGGAAAGCCCUUUCGAUCAGAUGGAGGAGACUGCUCUCCCUGGGGCCCCACAUCACCCCUGUCCACACCUGCCUGGCACCAUAGGUCAGUGUCACACACACAUGCACACACGCACAUGUGCACACACGCACACAAGGAGGUUUUGGGUUUUUUUAAGUAUUUCUGUAACCUUUUGGGGUCACCUGAAAUUUACAAAGGGCCAUGGUUCCUCCGUGGUGGUUACCAUUUUAAUGCUGCCAAAUUUUGCCAAAAUUGUGAACUUUCUCCCUCACAAUCCCCACCCUGGUUUUUCUUCCACCCAGAGGCGUGGGGUGAGCACACAAUCUAAUUCUGACUCCACAUAAGAGACAUAUUGGUGGUGCACCCCAUUCAGCUGCGCCCCCCUCUCCCCAGCCUGCUUUCCACCUCCGCCCAGGGCUCCCUGCUUUCCAUGACUAGGUUAUUUUUCGGGGGAAUUGGACAAAAUGGGAUUUUCCCUCAUGAAAAUGGGAAAGGCUGAGGGGGCUUCCUGCCCAGUCCCUCAGCUCUGCCCCCCCCCCCAGGCUGGAGGAAACAGACCAGGAGAACCUGAAAGCUUGGCUUCCGGUCCAGGGGGUCCGCCUGUCAGUCUACCCUGGCCCCUGCCUGACCCAAGGGCCACAGACGGAAAGGGAUUUCCAGGGACUCAGCCCAGCCGUUCAUGCGGGUGUGCAAGGGAGGGGUGUGAGACACCCCAGCGGUGAGCAGCAGCGGGGCCAUGGAUCCAAGCAUUCUGAGCUUUGUCGACAUUUUCUCUGUUACUAGGACUUCUUCAUGGGUCUUACAGUUCUAUGUUAGACCAUGAGACAUUUGCAUACACAUCGUCUUUAAUGUCACUUUUAUAACUUUUUUACGGUUCAGAUAUUCAUCUAUACGUCUGUACAGAAAAAAAAGCUGCUAUUUUUUUUGUUCUUUAUCUUUGUGGAUUUAAUCUAUGAAAACCUUCAGGUCUACCCUUCCUCCCUUUCUGCUCACUCCAAGAGACUUCUUACGCUUUGUACUAGAGUGUGUGAUUGUUCUUCUCUUCUCCCAGUAACGGAUACUUCUAGAACAUAAUCUGCCAUGAACUGGUUGAUGCCUUUUUAUAAACACACCCUGCUCCCACCUCCUGGCCCCAUUCUGUGUCUUCUAACCUGUAGGCUCUGUGGGCACGAGGCGGGCGAGGGAAAGAGGCGGAUCGGGGGCCCGGGCCGGGUGCUGGCCCCGUGCUCCCCUCUCCCCACACCCACCUCACACGGCGUUGGAGUCUGUUACAGCGCAAGACAUGACGCAAACUCAGGUCAGAAAUACAAAGGCUGAAUAUCUCACACCCUUGUCCAGUGUCUAUGGUCCCGGUCGUUGGCAGUCUCACCUUCUCUUCCCCCGCCUUUGUUUUGGUUUGUGACACACAUAUAUAUUUUUGUAAUUUUUGGGUACAACAGCAGUUUUAACUGCAGACAUUAGGCAUUUGGAUUACUGUUUUUUAGUGGAUAUUUAAUCUUUGCAUCCCACGGGAAACAGCUGCUGAGUCCCAGGGUGCAUCAGAGCAAGGCCUCACAGGGCCCUCUGCCACCCUGUGCCACCACCCUCACUAGACCGACCUACCUGUCUCCAGAACCGGAGCAUCCCACAGGACCUGGCUGCCCCGACAAGGAGCAAGACCCCAGUACCGCAGCCGGCCCUGGGCAUCGAGCUGACCGCCAGGUCUGCUGGCCUCAGCGCUCUGCCUGCCGACGGGGGCCCAGAGCCCUGGUGGGACCCCCAGACCUUGGGCCCAGGGGUCCUGUUUCGUGCAGUGCUUAGCACUCCCCAGAGCAGUGACGGCCCCAGAGGUGCUUCUGGGACAGAAAUGUUUAAAUUCUGAGUAAGGACAAAGCUCAAGGAUGGCAAUUGCUAGGUUGUGACUGGAGAAAGUUGGUAGCACUUAUUGCUGAUCAGUAGUCCCAGUCUCGUGACCUCUCAUGGCCUCUGUCCCAUGGUAUUUUCCCUUCAAGGAGAAAAUGAGUAAAAGAAAAAGGGUAAUUCAGAAGGUAUUAUAUGUAGGAGUCUUUAAUUUAUUUUGUGAUACCAGUUUUAAUCACUGUAGAAAAGCCCCCAUUAUGAAUUUAAAUACUGAGGAAAGGCUGUGUGUGUUGCGUGUGUGUGCGUGUGCACGUGUGCGUGUGCAAGACAGGACAGUUUUUCGUUUUUUGGGUGUCUUUUGUUUCUUCAAGCAUUUAUCUACCUCACUCUUAUUUUUUAUAUGUGUAUAUAGAAACAAAGAAUCCAUCUCACAAUUCUCAGCACCUGACAGUAGGCCAUUGGUACCGGUCACCUCAUCCAUCCCACAGGCCACUCACCCAGGUGACGCAGGGAGAGGUCAGGCUGUAUUUCGGGGUCAGAGCGACACUAACUCCCUCCUCUGCUCGUUUCAGGCAGCCUUUCCUGGAUGUCUUGUCUUGUGUUGCUUUUCUCUUUUUCCCUAACCUGGCUUCUUCAGAGAUGAUGAGCUGUUAGGGUUUCCUGCUCCCGGCCCUCAGCCCAAGGACAGGAGAACAUGCCACGGGGGCCGUCUGGCUGCCCCUGGCUGAAGCCAAGCUGCUUUCAAUGACCAACCUGUGUCACCAUUGAGGGAGCAGGUGUCCCCGGGGUCCAAGGACAGGCGUGUGGCGCUCACACAGCACUCGGGUGCCCAAUGAGCUCCCGUCAGCUGCUCCCGUGAGGCCAGCACUGUGUCCAGGAUGUGCCACUGCUGCCGCCACCUCUGUUGUAUUCAAGGGCACAGCCACAUCAGCAACUGGAGGGCUUGGUCCUCCCAGCCUGCUGCAGAAAGCAGAGGCUCCUGACCUCCAGCCGUGCUGAUGCAGAAAGGUGAAGCCCCGUCCCCUCUAGAGGCUGUCUGCUGUCUCACCGCACCCUUGCACCCCUCCCUGGGGAUGUACCAGACCUGGGGGCUAGAUGGCCAGUGGUCAGUGCUGGCUUCCUCCGUGGUGGUGUACCUCUGUCCAUCCCACCAUCCUGCUGCUCACGGGGUGGAUGGUGCACCUCCCAUGUCCAGCGGCUGCUCUCGCAGGCCCCGGGGAUGGUAGCCGGGAAACACAGCGAGUGAUUUUCCCACCUGCGAUGGCGCCCGCACAGUUCCAGUGCUUGAUGAAGCCCAGGAAGGAACCUUUUCCAUCUGCAGGAACUACCCUUAUCUCCCCAGUCCCUGGGAUCUGGAGGUCAUUGAGAAAUACUUUGAUCAGGGUUUUCUUCUUCCACACUGUAGGUGACCCCUUGGAAUAGUGGCCUCUCCUCUCUUUUGCACAUAACCUACCUGUUCCCACAACUGGAUUUCUACAGAUCAUUCAGCUGGUUAUAAGGGUUUUGUUGAAACUGUCCAAGCUGUCGAUGUCAUUUUGUUUUUGUUCAUGUAGGUGGUUUUCUUUAAGUAGAGGGAGAACACUAACAGCACAGCACCCAUCCUAACGCUUCAGAAACACUUCAAUAAAGGAAACUUUUGCUUGUGUGCUGGUGCAGUUAUUUUACUGGACCAACCCACCCACCUUGACUCUACCAAGGCAUCAUGUAUCCACACUUCUAGCCUCAUUUUAUGCUGAUUUUUCCCACCUCUUCUUUAUUUUUCUCUUUUGUAUGCUCCAAAUGAUAUAAUCAAGCUAGUCGUGGCAUUUUCCAAGCAACCUCCUUCUGACAGCAGCUCACACUGCUCGAAGUCACAUGAACCACUGAGGCACAUCACCGAAUUGAUGUGAGCAUUAAGACAUUCUCCAUCGCCCUUCUCUGAGGGAGGGAGGCUGCAGGAGAUGGUGUCUUCUGGAGAUACUGCUGAACGUGAGCUAUGCGAGGCCCCUGCUGAGGGCUGGCAUGGCGUUGGACACAGUUGGAAUGAGCUUCCUCGUUGGAAGAUAGAAGACUGUGUUUGGGGCCAUUCCUGGCCUCUCAUUCCAGCCCGUUUCUUAGGACUCUGGAUGACAUUUCAAUGGUGGGAAAAGUGGCUUCACAAAAUAAAAAAGUAGUUACUGUGAAACUACCAAAUGGCAGAUGGCUUGUUACAAACUGGUGAGUUCUGGUUGGGAUAACAGAUUGACAAGUCAUAUAUGAUGCCGAGUUCUAGGCCAGUCUGAUCCGCUGAAGCCACCUCAGCAGCCCACCUCUCUGGCAGUGGCCGUUCGAACACAGGCGACUGUAGUGGCAAUGUCACACUGAGCUCAGGUGGGAGAGAAAGCUGGGAUGUGCAUCCAAGGUCCUUCACUGUCACUGUUGGGUUCUCUCAGGAUGGCCAGACCAUGUUGAAGGCAACUCCUUUGCGAAACAGGCACCUUGCAGUUGACAGUAACACUCCAUGGUACGCCUUGGCCCACUCCAGCAGUCCCAGAAGUACAUUUAAGGUUUGGGGUUUGUUCCUUUGUUAAUGUCACUUCUGUGUUUGUCAGCUGUCUUUUCUUUUCCUGGGCUAAGCAGCAUUGGGAGACAAGGACCAGCGAUCCACUCCUUAAGAACCAGUGAAGAAAGUUGAGACUUUCUUACACCACUCUGAACUAGUCGGUGAUACAAAUGAGAACUUCAAGGGAGGAUGUGGUUUAGAUUGAACCUCUGUUGCCAGAGAUGCUGAAGAUACAGACCCUGGACAGGCCACAGCGUUUCACUUUGGGCCUCCAGCUUGGAUGACUAGUGGGUCAUUUAGAGAAACAAACGCUCUUUGAUGGUGGAAUGACCAGACAGAAGGAAACCAUUGUCCCUAGGUAACAGGAUGUAGAGAGAAGAAAUACAGGCAGAAGGGUACAGGACUUGGAAGAAGCAGGAGCAAUAGUUUGAACUUGAAGGUUUCAGAAGGAAUCAGACCAUGUCAAGGGUCCACAGUCAUCUAUGGGCAUUUGGUUUCAACAAAUAAACCUAACAUCCUGCUCCUCAAACUUACCACGACGUCACAUUGUAUAAGAAUACGAACUUCAUCGCUCUCACCAGUUGUCAGUUCUGGGGCAUGACUUUAGGAUUUUGUUUUAUUUUGUUUCUAUAAGAACAUAAUAAUCACUCAUUUGUAUGUCCACGUUUCUGUGUCUGCAUCUUUCUGGUAAGCAUUUUUUUUUUUUUAAUUAGUCACUCAUUAGCAUUUCCAAUAGGGCUCUUAAGUCCAGUAGAUUACGGGUAGUCAGUUGACGAAGAUCUGGUUUACAAGAACUAAUUAAAUGUUUCAUUGCAUUUUUGUAAGAACAUAGAAUAAUUUUAUAAAAUAUUUGUAGUUGAUAAUUGCCGAAAAUAAUUUAAAGACACUUUCUUUCUCUAUGUGUGCAAAUGUGUGUUUGUGAUCCAUUUUUUUUAAGGACACCUGUUUACUAGCUAGCUUUACUAUAUGCCCAAAAAAAGAAAAAAAAAAUGAAAAAAAGAAAAAAACAAAAACAAAAAAAGAUUUUUUUCCAGACCCUAGCUGUGGUUCACUCUCUUUCCUUCAUGCUUUGUGCCCUCAUUUAUAACAAAGGAAUGAUGAUUUUAAAAACUAGUUCUGUAUCUUCAGUAUCUUGGUCUUCUAGAACCCUCUGGGUGGGAAGGAGAUCAUCUUUUCCUGGUCAUUUCCCCUUGCAGUGUAGCAACUUUAGUGGACGGAAGGAACCUCACUGGCCAUAGAAACAGCGCAGGUGUUCUGCCCGGGGUGAGCCACAGUGCCCAGCAUCUGCUUGGCUGACUUGGUUAUUGUCAUGGUCCUGCAAUGCCAGAGAGGUGGGAGGACUUUGGGGCACAGCACAUGGUCUUCACAGUGACCACACAAAAACUUGUGAGGCACCCAGGCCAUCUGCUUCUGUGUCUCAUAGCAUGUGAAGUGCAUUGUCUCCACAAGAAAGAGACAUUCAUUUAUCUAAGGCAGAACACUGAAGGUAACAUUUUUUUCCAAUAUACAACAAAUUCUUUUGAUAAAAGCCACAGCAUACCCAGCCCUCAAAUUUUUAAAUUCAAAUCCAUGUCCUCUAGUUGCCACUGCAUCAUUGGCCAUGUUCCUCCACGAAAUCUCUGUUACUGGAAACAUCUGUAAAUUUUGUACUCCAUAGGAGAAAGGUCCAGAAACCAUCUGGUAUUUUUGUUGUUGUUUUCAGCUUAUUUGGUUGGUUGGCCCCGUGUUCAUACAUCCACAGGUAGCACAGAUGCCUGGUGAAAAUACCUGUCUACUUUCUAAGCCAGUGAGGUUAAGGUGAGAGGUUUGCCAGAGUUUGUCUACCUCUGGGACUAAAAAAAAAAAAAAAAAAAAAAAGAUCCAGAAGGCGCGAUGGAAUGGAUGCAUCGUGAAAAAUACAUUUUCUGACUUCUCUUGUUUAAAAGGUUUUGUUUUUUUUUUUAAGUAAAAUUUUUUAAAAAAAGACAACAUGGCCAAUUUGUUACAUAAAAUGACCUUGUGUAUAAAUUAUUCCUUUAAAAAUCCUCUGUUUAUAUAAAAAAUCAAUAGAUUAAAAAAUGAUAAAAUGUUUUUGUAUAUUCUGUUGUAAGAAUUUAUUCCUGUUAUUGCGAUAUACUCUGGAUUCUUACGAGAAAUAAAGAAACUGUCUAUUUUGAAUGGCUGAAGCUAAGGUGACUUUAGUUUCUCUUACUCUGCUUUUUUCUAGUGGUUAAAGUACAACAUGGUUUAAGUUAAAUAAAAGAAUUCCAUAUGCGC